AUGAGCACUCACACCCGGAUGGUCCUAUGGGCGUUGGUGUUGGUAUUGAGUAUCUCGUUUUCUAAUGCAUCGCCUUCGGUGCCCGUUGCGACCGAUCCCGUUGUGACAACGACGACAGUCACGACGGUUGUCCCGUCGCUCGUCACCAUCUACUCCGUUGUUCCUGCAACCGGUGACCCGAACCUGGUGUCAACGAUCACCACAACGAUCAAUGGUCAAGAGACAACUGUGAUCUCGUCCGGCGGUGUGGUUGCGGGCUCGAGCACAAGCACUAUCGUGUCCACGUUAACGGUGACAACGACUGAAGUUGUAGUCAGCACCAUUGGGUACUCGACAGUGUUCGGUCCCGACCCUGAACCAGCAACCACCCCUGCUUCAACGCCGGCCACGGUCUCCAAUCCAACAGCACCUACAACACCCAUUGGUGUCACCCCUGCGACAAGCCUGUCGCUGGGAACAUCGACGACGUUACCAACUGGAAUCGUCAGCUCCUCUGGUGCUGGCAUUACGAACACGGCUAGUGAUAUUGUGCAAGUGACCUCCUCGACUUCCUCGUCCGCUUCAACGGCGGCUGCAACAGCACCUGGUUCAUCAGCUUCGCCAGCGUCGUCGUCGUCGUCGUCAUCAUCGUCAUCAUCGUCAUCAUCAUCAUCAUCAUCACUGUCAACCGGAGCCAAAGCAGGAAUCGGUGUUGGCGUUGUCAUAGGUGUCAUCGGAAUUGUCAUCAUAUCCUUUUUCCUGGGCCAGCGAUAUUCCCGACGUCGGCGAGACGAAGCCAAUAGCCGCGCUCUCGCUGAAUCUGACAGCCCAGACCAGGAGAAGGAUGUUUUCCUGGCUGGCCGUCCAUACGAAGAAACGAAUCCAUAUCACACUGCUGGCGAGUCGACUACUGGUAACAAUCAAUUUUCCACAACGACGACGACGACAGCAACAACAGAAGCGGGCAGUCCAUCGCCGGGUAUGAAGUUUGAAGACGUGUCAAGCCCAGCCAUGUCCUCGUACCGUAGCCACAACGACGAGAUUUCCGCUCUCCCCCAAGUCAAGGAUGAGGAUGACAUGUAUGUGGGUGUACCAAGCUAUAUGUCAGGAUCGAAAAGGUGGAGCAUGAAGGAAUAUGAAAGAUGA